UUCCGGCGUCGCGGAAUUCCGGGUGCUAAGUGCAGUGAGCCGGCCACCCUGUUGUCGCCCCGGAGGCCCUAUGAGCGCGGCUCCCCUGGUGGGCUACAGCAGCAGCGGCUCUGAGGAUGAGGAUGAGGCCGAGGCCGAGGCCGAGGCCGGGCGUCAGGCCAGGCCGGGGGCUGGAUGCCGCCCUCGUGCCCAGAGCCCCCUUCCCAGCCAGAGGUUGCCAGUACCGGACAGCGUGCUGCACAUGUUCCCAGGCACCGAAGAGGGCCCUGAAGACGACAGCGCAAAGCAUGGGGGCCGGGUGCGCUCCUUUCCCCACGAACGGGGCAACUGGGCCACCCAUGUCUACGUUCCAUAUGAAGCCGGGGAGGAGUUCCCGGACCUGCUUGACGCGUUGCUGCCCCACGCCCAGACCUACGUGCCCCGGCUGGUGAGGAUGGAGGCCUUCCACCUCAGCCUGUCCCAGAGUGUGGUUCUGCGGCACCACUGGAUCCUCCCCUUCGUGCAGGCUCUGAAAGGGCGUGUGGCCUCCCGCCAGAGAUUCUGCUUUACAGCCGACCGGGUAAAGAUUUAUACCAAUGAAGAGAAAACCAGGACCUUUGUUGGGCUGGAGGUCACCUCCGGCCACGCCCAGUUCCUGGACCUGGUUUCAGAGGUAGACAGAGUCAUGGAGGAAUUUGACCUCACCACGUUCUACAAGGACCCUUCCUUCCACAUCAGCCUGGCCUGGUGCGUGGGUGAUGCGCGUCUCCAGCUGGAAGGCCAGUGCCUGAGGGAGCUGCAGGAAAUCGUGGACGAGUUUGAAGACUCCGAGAUGCUGCUGCGCGUGCAUGCCGAGCAGGUCCGCUGCAAGUCCGGGAACAAGUUCUUCUCGAUGCCUUUGAAGUGAGCGCCAGAGGCCCUCCUCGUCCCAGGUCCCACCAAAAGCCAGGCAGAGGUGGAGGAGCCUGCACGAACCGGCCUCGGAGGCCUGGUGGUCCCGGGGCCUGGUCCUCUCCUGGCCCUUUUGGGUUGCAGGUCCUGCUGUGCUGUGGUCGUUCCCAAAAACCACCAGUAGAGGGCAGACCGGGCUCCCUAGUUCUAGAUCUGUAGUUCUUAUGCAAAAAUAUAAAUAAAAAUGGGGUCACCCGGUGAGCCCACCCAUACUCAGCCAGAAUCCCCACUGUAGUCCCGCCAACAAAUAGCCCCUCCCCCCAACCCUACCCCCCCACACACACACCCACGGCUCCCUCAGCUGUUUGCAUUGCGAGGCCCUUGGCUUCAAACCAGCCUUUUCAAAACCAUGUGUCCUGGCUCAUCCCUGCUCAAACCAGGACAGAGGGUCCUUCAGCGGGUCUGUCACUCUCCCUCGUUGAAGCUCGUCCCUUUAUUGCUAGCCUCAGCCCCUCCUACGCCAGCAAAGGCCAUGUCAGGGCCAAGGCACAGGGUGCUAAUUUGAGGUUCAGCAUCAGUUUUCUCCAUUCCUUCCUCCCACUCGCCCCAGCCAGGUGCCUGGGGAGACUCCAGCAGAUGUUUCAUUUUGGCCUCGCUGGUGGCUUUCAGCCAGGCCUCCAACGCUCUGCUGUGACCUCUGGUUUCCCAUCAGCUUUCCCAAAGAGGCAGAGGCGCCUUCCCCAUCCAGGGCUGGCUCUCUGGCCUCCAGCGACCUGCAGGCCCCCUGCGGGGACACGGACAGAGGGCCAGGGGCUGCACGGGAGGUUUUAUUCUCCCAGCCCUCACAGAGCAAAGGGCUGGUCCUCGGGUGGCCUCCUGGAUUUCCAGUGAUGGAUAAAGAGAUAUUUUUAUGUUACAGUGUUAAAUUAUCUUCCACAAAUAAAAAUUACAG